UGUCAAAGCUGACAACCGUGGUCAAUGGCCAGCUGUCAGCGUAGCGAUUGCCAUUAUAUGCUUGCCGUGUUGUGUUGAUCACGUCAAAUAACGAACCUCUUCUCCGCGUGCAGACCGUGAACGGGCAGCUAAUCGAAGUUCACGGUAGGCUGUGCCAUUAAUUUGACCAAAACAGUGAAAUUUUGUCUACGAAAUGGCGAAUCGCGGUCCCGGGCCUAUUCCGAACAGAUGGCUUCAUUGCCCUCGCAAGUCCGAUUCACUUAUUGCAGAUAAAUUCGUGGCUUUCAAGACUCCGCUGGACGAACGUUACAAUGAUCAAAUGACGCUCGAUUGUAUUUUUCCACCCGAAAUGAUAUUUUCAUACAUGAAGAUGCUGAAGGUGAAAUUGGGGCUUUGGAUAGAUUUAACUAACACAAAACGAUUCUACAAUCGGGAAGAAAUCGAGGGCAAGGAUUGCCGUUAUGUGAAGCUGCAGUGUCGGGGCCACGGAGAGACCCCCUCGCCAGAGCAAACCCGAUCGUUCAUAGACAUUGUGGAUGAUUUUAUAAACGAACGGCCGAUCGACUUGAUUGGGGUUCAUUGCACACAUGGCUUUAAUAGAACUGGGUUCUUAAUUGUCAGCUACAUGGUGGAGAAAUUAGAUUGCUCAGUCGAGGCUGCGCUCAGUGCGUUUGCCGCAGCUCGUCCUCCGGGUAUUUACAAAGAGGACUAUAUCAGGGAGCUAUAUCGCAGGUACGAUGACGAAGAAGACGCUCCGCCACCUCCUGAAAUGCCAGAUUGGUGCUUUGAGUACGAUGAUAGGGUGGACACAUCAGUACCGGCCAAACGUCAGUUGGAGAGUCCUACUCCCACUUCCAGCAAUCACGACAAUGAGGGCGAAGACGAUGAAAAUGAUGUGAUUAAAGACCCAAAUGAUGCCGGACAAUCUGAACGCAACCCCAAAAAGAAAAAGCGACGUGAGUUGGUCAAGAAAGAUGCAACAUUUAUGCCUGGAGUUUCUGGUGUUAAGUUGAUACUUGACCAGCCCAGACUUGGAACACUUCAACAAAAAGUGCAAGAUAUGUGCGAAUGGGAGUCCUCAGGUUUUCCAGGUUCACAGCCAGUAUCAAUGGAUUUGAAAAAUAUUGAAAAUCUACACAAUCAGCCAUAUCGCGUCUCUUGGAAAGCGGACGGCACAAGAUAUAUGAUGUUAAUCGACAAAGAAAACGAAGUCUAUUUCUUUGAUCGUGAUAACUCCUGCUUUAAAGUCGAUCGCAUUCACUUCCUUCGCCGAGAAAAUCUUCAUCAACAUUUGGAAAAUACUCUUCUGGACGGUGAAAUGGUAAUUGAUAAAGUCAACGGUCAUAACAUUCCUCGUUACCUUAUUUAUGACAUAAUCAAAUAUGAAAAUGAGGAUAUCGGCAAAAUGCCUUUCACUAAACGUUUAGAUUAUAUAAAGAAUCGAAUAAUAGCUCCAAGACAUGAGGCAAUAAAAUGCGGAUUGAUAAGGCGAGAAUUGGAACCAUUUGGAGUGCGUUUGAAAGAUUUCUGGCAUAUAACCCAGGCGCGUGCGCUUCUGGGCCCUAAAUUUGCACAAAAUUUGAGUCACGAACCGGAUGGAUUAAUUUUCCAACCAGCAAUUGAGCCCUACACGGCAGGCCAAUCUCCACAUGUACUUAAAUGGAAACCACUCACUCUGAACUCGGUCGAUUUUAAGCUAAGAUUGGCAGAAGAAAGUGGACAGGGAGUAUUAAAGAGAAAAAUUUGUCAAUUGUUCGUUGGGGGUCUGGAAUUGCCCUUUGCCCUGAUGCCUUACACUAAGGCCAUGAAAGACCUGAAUAAUCAAAUCAUAGAAUGUAAAUUUGAAAAUAACCGAUGGGUGUUCAUGCGACAGCGUACGGAUAAAUCGUACCCAAAUAGUUAUAAUACGGCAGUGUCUGUUUGCAAUAGUAUAAAGCACCCCGUUACGACGGAAAUUCUCCUAGACUAUAUAGAUAGGUAUCGAUUUCCAGAUGAUUCUGAAAUGAUGCCACCACCUCCGCCACAAAGACGAUAAGAACAAACAUGUUGUGUGUAUAUGUGAGCCAAUAUAAAUCAAUUUUUAAAAGAUAUGAAAACCUAAUAGACGUAAUUUAAAAUAAAGGUUGAAUGAAGUGGCAUGUAAAAA